CUACACCCCGUAGCGUGAGAGUAACCAGAGAGUGUGACGCGGUAACUAAGGAAAACUGGCGGAUCCAUGGUUUGAAUAAGGAUUUGUCUGUUACAAAAUACAAAACCUGGACUAGUUUUAACAAACAUCAAUAGAAAGCAAUUCAGUGUGCUACCGGAAGGGUCUAUGGCGUUGCCGAGGCUGGCCGGUCAGAUGGCCCGGCAGCGGGAGCAGGAGGCCCGGCAGCGGCAGCAGUGCGAGCUGCACGCCCGGUACUACAGAGAGCAGGAGGUCCGCAGCCAGAAGCAGGAGGCCUGGAGCUCCAGACACUCCUACCAGCAGAGUAUGUCAGCAUACCAUAGACAAAGGUUAAAAGAGGAAAAGAUGGCCAGCCUGGAGCAGCGCAGGAACCGACUGAGGACCAUGCUUCAAGAGGAGCGAGAGCGUCUGGAGGCGGAGCUCCGAGGUGUCGUUCCUGACAGGAGCUCAGCGGCAGGUCAGCUGGUGCAAAAGACUGAGGAACUCCGUACAGCAAGAGAGGAAAGGAGAAAAAAGCUUGCACAAGAGCUGCUAAGGGAGCACUGGAAGACAAACAACACAGAGUUGCGAGAGGUCGAGUCAGCAUUACAUAAAGAUCAUGUUGUCGGCCAAUGGCAGGAGCAGAUAUCUGAGAGGAAACAGGAAGAAGUGGCCGAGAAGAAGGAGAAAAAACGCUUUGAAAAUGAGUACGAGAGGACCAGAAAAGAGGCUCUGGAGAGGAUAAAGCAAGCCGAGCAGAAAAGGAACGCAGAGGAGCGGAAGAGGGCAGAGGAACUUUGCAAACAAAUGGAAGAACUGAAGCUGAGGGAAGAGGAGGCAACUCGCCUGAAGAAGGAGCAAGAGGCUCUGCUGGUCAAACAAUGGGAGCUGGAGAAGGCAGAGGGGGAAAGAAAGACGGUUGAGGAAAAGAGAAAGAAGUGUGAGAUGGGGCAAUUCUUAAUCCGUCAGUAUCGUGCUCAGCUCAAGAGGAGAGCCCAGCAGGUGCAGGAGGAACUGGAGGCCGACCGUAAGAUCCUGGCAGCCUUGCUGGAAGGACAGCAGGACGACACGAGAAUAGAGACCACGCGGAGGGAAAGGGCCAUCGCUGAUGCUGCCUGGAUGAAACACGUGAUUGAAGAGCAGCUUGAGUUGGAGCGGGAGAGGGAGGCUGAGUUUGACAUCCUACGCAGAGAAGAGGCUCAACGUAUGUGGGAGAAGCGAGAAGCACAGUGGGAGAAGGAGAGGAAAGCCAGAGAACGACUCAUGCUAGAGGUACUUGCUGGGAGACAGCAGCAGCUUGAGCUUAAGUUGCAGAAGAACAGAGAAGCUCAGGAGGAGUCCCUAAAGAGACGAGAACAGCUGAUCCAGGAUCUGGAGCUGGAGAAGGAGACCAGGCAGCAGGAGAAGGAGCAGGAAGAGGGGCAUAAGACGGCACGGAUGGAAGAGAUAAAUGCUCAGGUGGAGCAGCGGCACCAACAGCAGUGGGAGGAGCGGUGCAGAUUAGAGGAGGAAGAGGAGGAGGACAAGGAGGCUCUUCAAAUCCAGGAGGAGGAGCUGAGGCUAGAGAUACAGAGGAUGGCCGAUAAAGGGUACCAGGAAAAGACUCGAAGCAGACCUCGAUCAGCGUGGACAUGAGCCACCGACAAGACUGAAGUCAAACAAAUAUUGUGAGAUGUAUAUUUGUACCUGAAAUGAGCUUUAAAGGAUACAUUUUUCUUUCUUCAAGUGUGUCUUGAAACAAUGCUCCCGUGACUAUAUGUGAAUCUAAAUAGUUAGCGGGCACUGUAAUGGUUCCUUUUGUUCCUAAUGGCCAUGAGGAGAUGUGAUGGGACGGGGGGACACAAUCCAGUCCUUAUUCAAUUUAAGCAUUUAAAACUUAAUCCAAUCAGUAAGGAUUGUUUCUUUUUGUGCUUAUUGUCUUUUUGCUCCAUUCAGUGGUGGUGAUUUAUUCCUUGUGUCACUCCUGAAGCUUAAAAUGAUCUUUGGUUUACUUUAACAUGCCUUUUUUGUUCAGAUCAAGGACUGUGAAUGUUGUCAUCCCACCCUGUACAUUGAAAUCUGGAGAGGAUGAACUGUUAAGCAAAUCAAUAGCUCUUGUUUUGAGACAUAUUGUGAACAUGUGAUCCUUUAAUGCCUAUUUAUAGAAUGAAGCAUUUGUGUCAGUUAUGAGGUCAAAUAUUGUGCCAUCUUGAUGUUAAUUAUUUAAUUCUUGUUGUUUGCAUAUGUAGAACAUUAUUGAGUUUUUGCACUUUUAGAGCUGUAUUUUUUCUAUCCUGAACUUGUAGAUUUUUUAUAAUAAACAUUUUGCCACCAAAUAAUGUAAGCACUCUGAAUGAAGGCAACGCAU